CCGGUUGGUUAGUUGGAGCCUGGAGAUCGUCGCGAAAAGACGUGUUCCUCGUUGCGAGAUGAAACAGAGCUUUAGAAUACUUUGAAUACCAGCAGCAAGCAGGCAAGGGGGUAUUAUAGUUCAGUGAUAAGUGAUGUAUGGGGAUAUAAGUGGCAAAGGAUCUGGCGUGGAUCUCUUUGAAGAGGAGAAAAGUUUGCUAGCCAUAAUUACUCAAAGUUGUUCGAGGCUUUCAUUGCUAAUGGAGACUGGGGAUAUAAAUAGCAGUGUAAUGUGAGAAAUAUCAAGGACUUGGCCAGCAUCCAUCCAGUACCAGCAGGAUAAGCAGUAGAAGCGGAAGGCGGAAUUACAUCUCCAGGGUGCAGUAGCAGUAUUGAGAGCGAGCUUUUUUCUGCGUUAGUUCGGUAAUGAAAAGUUGUACCCUGAAGGAAUGUUAAUAUUUUUUUAGAAUAAGUUGGGUUGGUACGGAAACGGGUAAAAAACUACACCAAUAAAGCGAGAGAAAAAGAGAAAAAAUGGAAAAAAUCCAAAUUGUGCGGUGAAGCUUAAAAGUACAAGGAUAACAACUUGCCAGACGACUCUUGGGAGGCGAUGAAUGCUGGGAAAAUAUUGCAAAUAGGGAAAUCCUCCGCCGGGGACGUGAUCGUAUUGAAUUUAAAUUAAGUGUGUGUGCAUUCUCUUCUGGCGUCGUAUUUACGUUAUCCUUGCUGAUUCCGGAGUUGGCUAGCAGCGGGAAGAAGGAGAAGAGAGUGUGCUGGUUGACUGUUUUCCCACCACCACCACGAGACGUUUGGUGGGGCAAACGGACGGAGAGGUGUUGUUCAAAGCAGGACCAAGGACUUAUCCUCGGUGGAUACGCCUGGUAAACUCUCGCAGGCAGCAGACACACAUGACGAAAGCAAGAAUCAUGCCAAAAGGAGUCGACUAUCGAACGCUGAUAGCACGUGGCAGCCCAUCGAGAAGUAGCGUCCACAACUUCAAGAUACCAUCCCGGAAGGCACGGUUCAAACUUGCACUGAUCCUGGUCAGCAUCCUCCUGGUGUUUCUGUACAGCAUCAGCCUGCCGACGUGGCUGUACAGUGGAGGCACAGGGAACCCGUACUGGGAGGAAGCCUUCGUCACCAAGGAUGAUGAACAGCACUUCAACUACAAUAGUUCCUACUUUGUCAACACGGCAGGCUGCAAGAUGCCCAGCCUGCCAAUCGUGGACGAACACGUUCAAAAGUUUCUCCAUAAGGUGGAACCUCUGAACUGCACUCCGGCCGUGAUCCAGAGCGACAGCAGUUCGAUCUGGUUUCAGUUGACCGAGGAGGACAUCGAAAAGCAUUACGAGUUGAGCAACGCUAGCUUGAUUCAGUGCUGCUAUCGUCCAUUUGAGCGCAAGUCCAAUAGCAAUGUGAGAAUCGUUGGGCAAGAGAUUUGUUUCGAGUACGGCGAGAGGCUAGAAAUAAAUAACGAAUUCAUUGCAGUCAUCUGCACUCAUCCGGAAAUGAAGCAGUUGGUAUUCUAUAGGGAUUAUUUUGCGUUCGUUCCACUGAAGCCAGCUGUCGAAGAGCGUUGUGAAAAGACGAGGAACGAUCUGAAGGCACGGUUAGGCGGAGAUGAUGAAAAGCUUAGCAUGAUGAUCUUGGGGAUCGAUAGCGUAUCCAGGUUAAACUUUCAUCGACAGAUGAAGCAAACUGCCGAAAUGGUGAUUGAUCGAUUGAAAGGCGUUGAAAUGUUCGGCUACAACAAAGUUGGCGACAAUACGUAUCCGAAUCUGGUCCCGGCGCUAACCGGUCUCGACGUAGAGGAUCUGGCAGCCGCAUGUCUUCCAUAUUCCAACAGUACUUUCGAUUUAUGUCCUUUCAUUUGGCGAAAAUUCGGUGACUUAGGUUACCGAACGUUCUAUGCCGAGGAUAGUAGUACGAUGGAAACUUUCAACUACCUUAAGAAAGGAUUCCGUGAUCAACCAACGGAUUACUACCUGCGGAGCUUUUUCCGUCAAGCAGAUUCUUCCAUUGGUUACAAUAAGAAAGUAAACGCCAAGCUCUGCUUAGGUGGUCGCAACCCCACGCAGAUAUUGGUUGAAUACGCCAGAAAGGUCGUUUCUUCUAUGAAGAAUCGACUAAGUUUUUCUCUUCUCUGGGCAUGUACGAUGACCCACGAUCUAUUGAACUACCCUUCGCUGGUGGACGAAGACUACAGAGGCCUGCUAGAGCAUAUGGAACGGGAAGGCUUCCUGGACAAGUCAGCCAUUAUUCUACUCAGUGAUCAUGGAAUACGGUGGGGCAGCUAUCGAAACACAUAUCAAGGCAUGAUGGAGGAACGGCAACCUUUUCUAUACAUUCUUCUCCCAAAAUGGUUCCCACAUCGAUACCCGUCAGCUUACCGCAAUCUGCGGAAGAAUCGACAACAGUUGACAACCCACUUCGAUCUUUACGAAACCCUCAAAGACCUUGCAAACCUACCCCUAGUAUCGGAAUCGGCCAUCAAACUUAGAUCGCUAGAACUACUUGAAGCGAAACCGGUGCCACGUGGAAUAAGUCUAUUUCUGCCAAUCUCACCGACAAGAACCUGCGAAGAUGCUGGUAUUGCUCCGCACUGGUGCACGUGUCACGAUCACAAACCGGUCGCAACCAACGACUAUCGGGUGAUCGCCGUUGCACGCUACACCGUAGAAAGCUUGAAUCAAAUGCUCAAAAAGUAUCCCCAGUGUGGGGCGCUUCAUCUGUACUCGAUCGAGGAUGCAAGUCUUGGGAUAUUGACAGAGGAGAUCACAUCCAAGAAACCGAUCAACCAAUUCAGCGACAUUAGCGUUCGAUUUCUGACGAAGCCGGGUGAAGCGGAGUUUGAAGCCACGGUUCGGAUCGAUUCGUUCAACAGGAGUUCAUUGACUGGCAGCGUUAGCCGGACGAACCUCUACGGAAAGCAGAGUUACUGCGUGGAUGAUUACCGAAUGAAGCUGUAUUGUUUUUGUACACGGUAGACGAAAUAGUGACAAUAGAUGAAACACUUAGCUAGUUAUAAGAAGGACCAACCGAAAAGUAAAUGAAGCAAUUUAUUUUGAUUGGAAGUUGGCAGGUGAUUGUUUGUUUUCCGAUGUACACAGUUUCGUCAAUUGAGUUCUGAUGAGAGAAAAGGAAUGUAGGUCA